AUGUGGCGCGCCCCCGGGCUGCUGCUGUGGGGCUGGGCUUGGCUGUGCGAGGGCGGCGAGGGGGCGGGGGUGGCGACGGCGGCGGGGGCGUGCGAGGCGCUGGGCUGCGCGGGCCCGGGCGAGGGCUGCUGCCGCGGGGGCAACCUGACCCACCCGGAGGCGCGCUGCUGCCGCCUGCCCUUCCACACCUUCCUGGACAACGUGGGCUGGCUGGUGCGCAAGCUCUCCGGGCUGCUCAUCCUCCUGGUCCUCUUCGCCAUCGGCUACUUCCUCCAGCGCCUCAUCUGCCCCAGCCCCAGGCGGCGCCGCCGGGAGAGGAGGAGGAGGGCGAGGGCGGCAAGGAGGAGGAGGAGGGCGGGCAGGCGGAGGAGCAGCGAGGAAGACGAGGACGACGAGGAGGAAGAAGGGGAGGAAGAAGACGAAGAGGAGGAAGAAGAGGAGGCGCGGGGCUGCCGGGCCGGGGGCGCCUCCUCCUCCUCCUUCCCCUCCUUCGCCGGGACGGCCGCCUCCUCGCAGGACUCGCUGCUGGACAGCCACAGCCACAACCGCCCGCUGCCUCUGCUGCCCCUGCCCGCCCCCGCCUCCUUCUUCCACCUGCCUUCCUACGAGGAAGUCAAGCACCUGCCCUCCUACGAGGAGUCCAUGCGCAACGCCACCGUCUUGCCCGUCACCAGUUUGGCCACCAGGAGAAGCCUGGACGAGACUGGAGGGGGAGGAGGAGGAGAAGGAGGAGGGGGCAGCUGAAGACCCCUUCCCUGGGCAUCUCUCUCCCUUUGAGGAAGGGGCGUUCUACUGGGCUGCCGCUCCACGCGGGACAGGAACACGCGGCCCAUGGAUUUGUACCAGAACCGCCGAGAGGAAGCCCUCACCCUCCUUCUCUCUGCUGCCCUGGAGCCAGAGGAAGCCCCCUCCCCUCUCUCUCAGUCUCCACAGCCGCCCUGCUCGCCUCCAAGUGCCUGGUUGGAACGCCUCCCUUGGAGACCCACCUGGACCCCCCAGUGAGGCCUUUAUUUCCAAGAGGGGUAUUCUCCAAGAGUUUACACCACUGAGCUGCUGAGCUUGCUAAGCCAAAGGUUGGCAGUUCGAAUCCGGGGAGCGGGGUGAGCUCCCGCUGUCAAGCCCUAGCUUCUACCAAACUAGCAGUUUGAAAACAUGCAAAUGUGAGUAGAUCAAUAGGUACCGCACUGCCAGGAAGGUAAUGGCGCUCCAUGUGGUCAUGCUGGCCACAUGAUCUUGGAGGUAUCUACGAACAAUGCCGGCUCAUCGGCUUAGACAUGGAGAUGAGCACCACCUCCCAGAGCUUUACCUUAUUCUCUUGAAAACAAAGUCACGCAGCAGAUCAAAUUACUGGAAAGGAUUGAGACAAUUUUUAAAAAGUGACAGCAGUUGUCAAGUUGGUUUCCGUUCUUUCUGACUUUGAAAGAUGACGCUUCAAAGUUUAAAAACUCCCCCAGACAGGCUUUCCCAAGAGAAUCGAAGGAAGAGAGUUGGAACUGGGAAAGGCAGGGAGAAAGGAGGGAAUCUGGACCGCAAGGCCUUGAGUUUAGUUGGGCUUGUGUCUUUUUUGUUCAAGAGGAGUCCACGCUGGGAGUUGACAUCCCGAAAGCCUUGGGAGUAUUUGGAGAAUCGUCGAGAAAGAUUUCAGAUUGCUGGAAUUGAAAUGUGGACGUGUCCCUUUCUGAUGUUGUGGACCAAACUCUGGAGGUGUGUACAAUGCCAUCUCUAUGAAAGGACUCCAAGCACUGGAGAAGGAGAAAGUGUGUGGAACUGGGUGAAUUGGGGAGGUGAGGACUGUCAGUGUAACAGGGCUGAUCACUAACACUGCAGUCGAGUCUGGUUACUCAAAUUAUCCAGUCUGGCCUUUGGAUGUUGCACUUUCUGAUAUUAUUUUUGAAAUAAAUGAUACUGAGUAGAA